UUGGAAGUUAUUGAAUUUUUAAAGCUUGAGUUUAAUAACUAGCUUUAAAUACCUUACAUCAGCGAUUCUCAACCUUCUUCUAUGCUGGUACCCCCUACCAUGUAAAUCAAGUAGGCUCGGUACCCCCGUUGAGAAUCGCUGCCUUACAUAAAAUAUAUUGCAGAUAUUGCAGUUUGAAAAUAGACUUUUUAACUAUUUUCGCCAAAGGGCGAAACUUUUGGGUGCUAAAUAAAACGGGGUGGUCCGGUUUGGAUGCAAAUCGAGAUUCUUGCUUGGUUUUUUUGGUAUCAACAGCCCCUUCAGAUUUGAGCUUGAAAAUUUUUUCUUCGAAACAUGAUGAAUUUGAAGAAAUGAUUUAAAUAAUGUUGAGUACUCGCAAACCAACUAGCUAUCCCAGAGCGAACGACCCACCCCAACUCUCGCAUCCAAAAAUAUGCCAUUAUUAGUUCACAAUCAGCAGUUCAGUACAGCUGGUCAGCGUGGCCGUUACGCGAUUUCUCUUGCGCAAAGCAGUCUUACACGAUGGCGACCGAUUGUGAAAUAACAUGGCAGGAGGCAGCGUUUUUCGUGGACGUCGUUGGUACCGAUUUGAACCUCCCGCAUGAUGCCUUUUGCAUUGUGGAUCUUCAGAUUUCGGGUGCUACGGCCAAACCGGCCGGUUUUAUGUCACUGAUCCAUCGCGUCAAGUUGCGAAUUAGGCUAGCUGGUGGAGAGGAAAGGACGUUGAGUUACGUGGUGAAAGAGAAAUCGGACCAGGUUUUCGGUGGGGAAGUCGUUGAUGUGAUGCAGGUAUUCCCGAAAGAGAUUGAGGUGUACGAGAAGUUUAUUCCGGCUUUUGAGGAGCUGUGGCGACGAGAUGGUGUCAAGUUUGGACCGAGAGUAUUCAAAACCACUACCUCACCUUUCACCGUAAUUGUGAUGGAAGAUUUAAGAAAGGACAACUUCACCAUGAAGGAGAGUUGCGAAGGACUCAGUUUAAAGGAUUGUAAAAGAACGGUUCAAAAGUUGGCACGGUUUCAUGCAGCUUCCGUCGUUUAUUUUGAACAGAAUGGAUUUUACCCAGAUGAGUUCAUGGAAGGCAUGUUCAGUGAUAGCUUUAUCGACAUUUUCGAACCAUUUUUCGCUCCAUUGUUAAACUCUUAUCUUCACGCACUGGAGGAGCUACAAUAUCCCGCAGACAUUUUAGAAGCAAUUCGACGUUAUAAGGGAAAGAUAUACAGCGCUGUUAGUAAACUAUUUCAAACGGAUAAGUGCAAAUUCAAAGUACUUAACCAUGGAGAUCCAUGGGUGAACAACAUUCUGCUUAAUGACAAAGAUGUCCUGCUGGUUGACUACCAAAUCGCAUUCUACGGUUCGCCGUCCUUCGACCUGCUCUACUUCAUCACCAAUUCGGCCUCGAAUGAAAUCCGCACCUCAAAGUUUGAUCAUCUCAUCGAGUACUACCACCACAACCUAGCCGAAGGUCUUCAACGUCUAAAUUCCAAAACCACUACCCCGACACUUCAAGAACUGCACGAAGACAUCCGGGCGCACGGUUUGCUCAUGUGUGCCCUUUCGAUGGAUGGGGCGAUGAUGGCGCUGUUUCCGGACAAAGAUUUGGAAUUGAUGUGUGCCGAAACGUCGGCGGGAGUGGCAUAUCGCAGAAAACUGUAUGCCGAGCCAUGUGUGGUUGCCAUGUUGGAGCAGUUGGUGCCGUUUAUUUGGGAAAGGGGGUUUUUGAAAUGAUACUAUAAUAAAAUUUAAAAAAGAUUUAAAAUAUUUUGCUG